UUAGUGUAGUGAAGGAGAAGGCAUUGAGCAGAAAGGUGGUAUUUUAUGAAAACAUAGAAGUUUCUGAUAGUAUUUUUGAAAUAAUAGACUCCUUCACUUUGUAGAACAUUAUUGGAUAGACACUACAUACAUUGGCUUCUUUUGGCCAAAUCACUAUUUAUUGCAAUACUAAAUCAGAAAAAUGACAUUUUAAGCUGGGCUUUGGUGGCACAUGCCUUUAAUCCCAGCACUCGAGAGGCACAAGAGGCAGACACAGGUGGAUCUCUGUGAGUUCGAGGCCAUCCUGGUCUACAACCCUGGUCCUUUGAAAGAGCAGCCAGUGCUCUAAACCUCUGAGCCAUCUCUCCAGCCCCCCUCUUUGUUGCUUUCUUGUUGUGAAGAGGGGUAAAGAAAGUCUCUUCACGUACUGAUUGACACUAAAAGCGUGUCUUUUUGUUUGCUUGUUUUGAAGACGCCGUCCAUCAUUUGGCAGUUAGAAAUAAGGACUCUCAAAAGUUUUGGUCAUCAUCCCUGGCAGUGCAAAAACAAGGGGAAAGUUCUUGCCGCCAUCCUCAGAUCCUGUACAUUUUGAAGUGGAGACUUUCCAUGAAAAUUUAGAAAGCAUGUCAGAAUGGGAAACAAUAGAUGUUUGUGGGCCUCCUCAAGACGUCUCCUACUCAGACUCACUCUUCUGUGUAGAAGCUAGCUCGAUCGCGUCAGAUUGGCCUCAGGAUGAAACAAAGAAUGCAGAAAGAGAAAAUGAGUCUACACACACACUCUCUGAAGAUAUAUAUAGCACUCAAGACAGUUUGCUAGGGGAUAUCAACCUUGGGAAUUACUCAGAGGGUGUACAGAAUCAACCAGCUAACACUAGGGUUUCUUCCUCGAGACAAUUUGAACCCAUUUGCAAAUUUCACUGGAUAGAAGCAUUUAAUGAUGAGAUGAUAUUUCAAGACCUGAGCGAGGCCUUUUCUUCCCUGGAGAAGCCUGAGCUGCAAAACCAUGAGUAUAAUACAGCGGACGCCAGUGAGAAGCCCUACGCACUCAAGGGAGAGAAUCCAAUGGAAACUAGGAUUUCCGAAAACCAAGACCAACGUGUUCACGAGCACGUCAGGAAAUCUGGAAGUCUGCCUCUAAACUAUGACACAGGAGAAACGCAGCCAUUGAUGGAAAAGUCACUGGCUAAAAGCACUGUCGUAGAUGUCACUUUCAACACCAGUCAGCCUCAAAGCUUUCUGCGUAGAGAAAAUGGCUGUGCUAGCGGUGAAAGUUCAUUCGAUACUGAGGAUUGCUUAGACCUGCUUGACUUGAGAACUGAUCAUGAAAUAGAGGAGCCUGAAGUUUCUUCAAAAGAAAUGCAGCAUUCUGGGGAAAUUUCCGAGACGUCCGUUAGUCACCAGCAGCAAGUCACAGAAGACGGUGUAGACAGCCUAGCCAUAACUCCUUGGUCUCCAGCGGGCAUCUCCAAGAGUAGAUCUCAGGACAACUGCACGGUGCCUGAUAGGGAGCUAAGCCUUGAAAGCUUGGAGCCCCUGGAAGAGGACGUGGCUUUAAAUGAAGCCUUGCAGAGAUUAAAACAGAUUAACAAGAAACAGGAAAUGCAGAUCCAAGAGCUCCACGAGAGGAAUUUGUACUUAGAAAACAGGGUUAAAGAACUACAGACGAAGGUCACCAAACAGCAAGUUUUGGCUGACAUCAUAAAUAAACUGAAGGAGAACAUUGAGGAGUUAAUUGACGACAAAUACAACGUACUCCUGGAGAAGAAUGAUAUCAACAAGAAAUUCCAGGAUCUGCAGGAGGUUUUGGCUAACACCAAAAAGCAUCUUCAGGAAACCAAGAAAGACAAGGAGACCUUGCAGCUCCAGGUUAAAAAGAUCAAGAUCCAUUAUGUCCAUUUACAGGAAAGGUACGUCGCCGAGAUACAGCAGAAAAACAGAUCGGUCAGUCAGUACCUGGAGAUAGAGAAGACCCUAAGCAAGAAAGACGAAGAGCUGCAAAGACUGCAGCGAUACAAAGGAGAGCUGGAGAAAGCUACCAGUUCCGCUUUGAACUUGUUGAAAAGGGAAAAGGAGACCCGCAAACAAGAGAUCUUGUUUUUUCAGGAGGAAUUCCAGAAAUGGGAAAAGGAGUACCUGAAAGAAAGGCGGAAAUUGAAAUCAAGAGUUGAGAAGCUGACGGCCCAAGUGAAGAAUUUGCUCUUCACCUGUGAGAAGGAGAGGGCUAAAACUACGAAGUUCCAGCAGCAGGUGGAUGAGCUGGGACAGGAAAACACAGGGCUCUGGCAGCAGUCUGCAAAGGGGGAGGUGCACAUUGGCACCCCUAACUUUGAGAUAAUUCAGUCAAGAGAGCAGCUGGAGGAAGUGAUGGAGCCAGAUGGCACCCAGGGUGCAAAGGGGCUACCUUCUAAUUUGUUCCUGAAUUGCUCGCCUUGUAAAGAAACCUCGGAACUUCCACCUGUGAAGAGAACUUCUCCACUGGCCUCUAGAAUUCACAGUCUUUUGGCCCUGACAGUAGGACUUCUCACAUGUCAGGAUAUCACCAAUUCUGAUGCUGAACAUUGCCAAGACAGUAAGAAAACUAAUGACAUAAUGCUGCAAAAACUGAAGAGCCUUCAGCUUCAAAAGAGAGAUUUAGAUAAAGAGUUAUUGAAACAUAAAAACAGAAUUGCAACUCUUAAAGAGUUAAUUGCUAAUGAAAAAGCACUUCAGCAUCACACUCUUGAGGUCACAAAUUUUGAUGUGGACGAAGCCAGGAAUGCCAGAGAUGCACCUGUGUUAUUGGCAGUCAAACUGGAUAAAUACCACAAUCUAAAUGAGGAGCUUGAUUACUUGAUCACAAAGUUGGGGGGCCUUCUAGAGAGCAAAGAAGACCACUACAGCAGACUCAUCGAGGAGAAUGACAAGUACCGGAGACAUGUAGGCAGCUUAAUAAAUAAGGUAACAUCAUAUGAAGAAAUUAUCAAGUGUGCUGAUCAAAGACUUGAGAUAUCCCAUUCUCAGAUUGCACAUUUGGAGGAGAGAAACAGACAUUUGGAAGAUUUAAUUAGAAUGCCUAAAGAGAAAGCCAGAAGGCCAAGACCAAGAUUAGAAAAUCACCCAAAGUCCAUGACCUUGGUAGAUCAUCUUGAUGGACACUGUAAAGAAUGUUCCGUUUCCACGUGAACUGACAGUAACACAUGAUUAAAUAUUCAUUCCUGAAGUUAUGUUCACUUAUUUGCUGUGUGUGUGUGUGUUUGGGUAUCUAAGGUAAAGGACAAACUUGGGUGUCCCUCUGCAGGAGUCAUCCAUGUUGUUUGAGAAUACAAUGUCUCUUGUUGGUAUAGAACUUACCAAAUAGGGCAGGCUCGGUGGCCAGCUGGCCCCAGGAAUCCAUUAUUCUCUAUCUCCAUGGUGGUGAGACUACACACAUGCAGCACUGUACCCAGCUUUUUAAAAAUGUGGGUUCUGGGAAUAUGAAUCGGGUCCCUGUGCUUGUGCACUGAACAUGUGACCUACUGGCAUUAUAUCCUGUUUGGCUUCCUGACUCUAUGUUUGCCUUCAUCCCAUUGCAUCCCUUUGUCAAGUCCCCAAACAAGGCUGAAAGUGUAGCUGCUGAUCCACACACUCUGUUGGUGGACAUUCCAUCUCACAGAGUCAGUGUUACACUUCCGUCAGUCGUGAGGUGCAAGAGUGAGUAGUGUGGCGUGUACGAGUUCCGAAGGACAUGCUCAUAAGUCAAACCAUCACCCACCUGUUGGAGGACUCUGUAAGGCAGCUUCUGUAUGAACUUGGAAACAGAAAAUGUGGUGUUUGCUCGAGUCUUGGAACACUUAGACAAGGUGGCCCACCAGAAGGGGUUCAGAUAGCCACUGUCUUUGGGGAAGGAGGCUGGGUGGAUGACAGGCUUAAAACCUUGGAGGGUUCUGAACAGGUAAGGUGUAAGGGGAAGGGGAGGCCAAGACAGCACUGGGUCAGUUGGAAUUGACAUGCUCAGCAUUUCAACUAAUUCAUUUUGAAGAAGAAAAAAGCAAAAAUGAUAAAUAUCAGAUUUUUUUUUUUUUUUUGGUUUUUCGAGACAGGGUUUCUUUGUGGCUUUGGAGCCUGUCCUGGCACUAGCUCUGUAGACCAGGCUGGUCUCGAACUCACAGAGAUCCGCCUGCCUCUGCCUCCCUAGUGCUGGGAUUAAAGGCGUGCGCCACCAUCGCCCGGCAUACAUCAGAAUAUUUUUAAAAUCAUAAAAAACAUUGAACAUGACUUGUGUACGAGAGCCUCAGCCAUAGCGGUGUCUCCUUUCAGUAAGACGAGCAUGAAAGCUGUGAAGCCACCCAAGUGUAAGAAGUAACCUUCCUUAUAAGUCACAUCCAAAGAAUCUUCUAGAAAAACCUAGCAUGCCGGGGGAAGGUGGUUACUACAAAGACAGCUAAGUUUGGAAUCUUCACACUGAUGGGAUGAACCAAGUGAAAGAAGGCCAGCCCAGGCUGUCCAAAAGCAGGGCUCUGUGCAGAAACACUGACUUAUGGUAUAUACUAAAAGGCAUUUCCAUGUCUCUUGUUACCUACAGAGCAUCUCAGAAUAAACACACCUCCCUUGGCACAUGGCUUUGAGAAACAUUAAAUGGGCAUUUCUCCCUUGGAGACUCUACCACUCUCAGGAGUUCUUUCUCACUUCUCAAAUCUGUUUGCUCUGCUUUAAAAUAGGGGGGUGGGGCGGGAUGGGGAGCUAGGCAUGAUGGUACACACCUUUAAUCCCAGAACAGAAGCAGAGGCAGAGUUGGAGGGCAGCCUGGUUCACAUAGCAAGUUGCAGAGAUGCUGAGGGUCAAAAGAGAAACAGGUAAAGAUCACAAGGGAACUUGUGUAUGGGAAGUUAGAUGAGGAACUGUCCGAGAUCCCUGUACAGAGUGACAGUCCUGGUCCUACACUAGAGGAGCUGGUGGGAAGUAGCCCUGGCAUAGAGCAGACUCUGGGGAGACUUUACAGAACAUGCUGUACUGUUCUUCAAACUUCCCCUCAAGUUCUGCAUGCCUCUGAAAAUCUGCUGUCCCUCUUACCUGUCUUGUUUUGAGGCAGGAUUUCACUGUGCAUGCCAGACUAGCUUCCAACUCACUAUGUAGCCCAGGCUAGCCUCAAACUCACGGCAGUCUGUUGUGGGCUAUUUGUACACUGUGUGAAGAUGUGUUGCUGUGACUGGUGUAAUAAGAACCCGAAUGGCCAACAGCUAGGCAGGAGAUAGAGUAGGGACUUCGGGCAGAGAGAGAGCUCAGGGAGGAAGAAAGGUAGAAUCACCAUCCAGAUAUGGAGGAAGUAGGACAGGCAGUGAAGAAGUGAGCCUUGUGGGAGAAUGUAGAUUAAAAAUUGCUGGUUAAUGUAAGUUAUAAGAACUAGUUAGGAGCAAGUCUAAGUUAAGGCCAAGCUUUUAUAAUUAAUAAAAAGUCCCAUGUUGUUAUUUGUGGGCUAAAGGUUCUGAGAAGAAAGUCCUGCUGCAGCAGCUCUCUUAGCCGUCAGAGUCUGGGUCUUAAAGGCAUGCACCACCACACCUGCCUUAACCCUCUUCCUCAUACCUCUGUGUGACCACCACCCACACAGAGCUCUCAGCACCUGUAACCCUUCUCUCCACACCUGCCACUAACUAGUUACCACACCCUUUCACUUUACCACAAGAUCACUGGCAGCUUCUUAUCCUCCUCUGUCUUAUUAGGGUGCCUGUUGUGAAGGGACACUGUGACCACAGCAACUCUUAAUUAGGUUGGCAGCUUACAGGUUCAGUCCGUUAUCAUCAUGACAGGGAGCAUGGCAGCAUGCAGGUAGAUGUCGUGCUGGAGGAGUAGCCCGAAGUCCAACAUCUUGCAGGCAACAGGAAGUUUUCUGAGACACU